GCAGAUGCCCUGUCUGGGCAUCCUCAAGGUUGGAGGCAGAUGAUCUGUGAGCUCUUGGAAGGAUCUGUACCCACCAAUGCUUGCAGACAGACUGCUUAGAAACCAAGCAAGAGGCUCCACCUACCGGAUGUGAGGGACCUAGCUGGAGUUCGCAGGCUUUGCUUCCUCAGCACAGACCAGAGUCGACUAGGAAUUCCAGAGGUGUUCCAGCUUUGGAAGACAGGCUAGGCAGGGUUUUUGUUUGUUUGUUUUGGUUUGGUUUUGGUUUUUUUUUUUUUUCUUUUCUUUUUCUACCUUCGUUUUCAUUCUCCACUCCCACACAUUUAAACAAGGCUAGGAUUGAUUCUUUGACAAAGGUGCAGGAUAAAAAUCCCGGAGACUUGACAAGCUUUUAAAAACAUUUGCAAGUAGGGAUGGCAGAGAUGGGUUCUUAACAGAGUGUGUCCAUGUGGCUUUCCAUCUGGUAACCAGAGGCUCUGUCACAGGUUCCUGUGGUCGUACAGACCGGUUCCUCAGAUUCCAGAUAUCAGGCUGAAUUGCCUGAGGUUGCACAGUUCGUUAUGGGGUCCAGACAAACUCUUAUGGUAGUGCAUGUGUGCUUAAUUAUAUAGUUUGAGUCCUUAAAUAUGUAAGGCAUUGUUAAAUGUUUUAUAUCAUCUGAUAAUUGUCAACAGCCCUGUGAAGAGCCCUGUACUAUUAUACUCGUUUUUUUAAGAGAUAAAGCCCUGAGAAGUCAUUUGUCCAAAGGCACACAGCCAGCAGAGACUUAAGAGCCAGAUUCAAACCUUAAAAAAGCUGUAUUUAGAACAGGAGAUCUAACCACUACGCUUUGCCAGCUAGUAAUUUACACUUGGUGAAAUAGUUUGGAUUCUGGAGUUCUUUUAGUCAGAAUCUUGUGUUCUGUUGUUCUUUACACGGAUCUUUAGGAUAUUCAUAUUUCAGGCUCCAAGUUACCUGUUCAGACUCUGGUAAAUCGGGAUUACAGAGUGCUCCGAGCAUCCAGGAGUUGUCAAUGCCUUUAGCAUUAGGAAUGAUGCUGUUCUUUACAGCGUUUAGGGUACGUUCAAAGUCUAGGUUUCUACCCUUACUCAGCUUCAGGAGAAUCGGGAUUUCGGAGCGCUCCAAAUGGCCAGCAGGAGUCGCAAUAGGCUUUAGCAUCCAGAUCUUCUACUUGGCCCAGGCUCAGCGGAGUGGAUGCAAACGCCCUCCUGCGGUGGCCUCGCUCUAGGCAAAGCAGCCUAGAGCCAGCCAUCCCCGCGCGCACGCGCAGUGGUUCCAUGGGCAGCUAGUUCCCGGGGUCCACCGGGCCCCGCCCGCCUGCCCGCCGCGCCUGUCCCCUGCGCUCGCGCACCCGCCCGCGGCUCUCUCUGUGCGGCCCAGGAGCCGUGACUUCCGGCCUGCUUCUUAGCCGCAGGGGGCGCCGGCGUUACAAAGCCGGCCUGGGCGGGACGAACCGGACCUGGGCUCGGUAGCGGCAGCAGCAGUAGCAGCUGCAGAGCGCGGAGGCAGAGCACAGCCUCAGCCACCGCCUCGCCAUGGCGGGUAGCAGCUCGCUGGAGGCGGUGCGGAGAAAGAUCCGGAGCCUGCAGGAGCAGGCGGAUGCCGCGGAGGAGCGUGCGGGCAGCCUGCAGCGCGAGCUGGACCAGGAGCGGAAGCUGCGGGAAACCGCUGAAGCUGACGUAGCUUCUCUGAACAGACGCAUCCAGCUGGUUGAGGAGGAGUUGGAUCGUGCUCAGGAGCGUCUGGCCACAGCUCUGCAGAAGCUGGAGGAGGCCGAGAAGGCUGCAGAUGAGAGUGAGAGAGGCAUGAAAGUCAUUGAAAGCCGAGCCCAAAAAGAUGAAGAAAAGAUGGAGAUUCAGGAGAUCCAGCUGAAAGAGGCCAAGCACAUUGCUGAAGAUGCUGACCGGAAGUAUGAAGAGGUGGCCCGUAAGCUGGUCAUCAUCGAGAGCGACCUGGAACGUGCAGAGGAGCGGGCUGAGCUCUCAGAAGGCCAAGUUCGACAGCUGGAAGAACAGUUAAGAAUAAUGGAUCAGACCUUGAAAGCAUUAAUGGCUGCAGAGGAUAAGUACUCUCAGAAGGAAGACAAAUAUGAAGAGGAGAUCAAGGUUCUCUCUGACAAGCUGAAGGAGGCUGAAACUCGGGCUGAGUUUGCAGAGAGAUCAGUAACCAAAUUGGAGAAAAGCAUUGAUGACUUAGAAGAUCAACUCUACCAUCAACUCGAGCAAAACCGCCGCCUAACUAACGAGCUAAAGCUGGCCCUGAAUGAGGAUUAAAAACUUGGGCCAUGUUCUAGGAAUGGAGUCCAUGUCCAGAAAAUCUGUGACUCACGGGGUUAGAAAAGGAUAACUACCUGGAGAAAUGGGAAGGAAGGGCAUUGGCUGGAGGGCUGCCUGCCUGGCCCGUGUUUCCCUUUGUAUAGCUUCAUUAAAUCCUCAAUAACCAAGGAGUUUUUACAAUAUAUUAUGUAUAUGUAAAGAUAUUUAUACCAAUCAAUUCAGCUCUUCCUGCAGCAGCAGGUCCUCCUUGAACUGAUUGAUAAUGAGGACUCCUCCUCCCCCCCGCCCCCCCCCAAAAAAGGAAAAAAAUGUCUAUUUCCUCUAAACAGCUGUGAGUCCUGCUUUAAAUAUCUCUUACAACUUUGUAUUCCUAACAUCUUCAUAACCUGUGUAGUUGUUUGAAAUGUUAUUCAAUGUACCUAUGCUUGGGCAAGAUAGCUUUUGAAAACAGGAGCUCCUACCAGAAGUCCCUGGUUGAAAGGUAUGCUUUGUCAAGUUUAACCGUGUUGGGAGCUAAUGAGCGUGUCAUGCUAAUAAGCGGGAUACUAUAAACAUACUAAGAGAAUGUCCUAGCAAGGAGUGCAUGAGAUGUGUUGAUAUAACCAUUUGUGAGCAGUAGAAAUAAACCGUUUAAAAAGUGGUCAGAACCUUCCUGAUGCCAUCUUCAUUUUCUGUGAGGCUGUGUUCUGGCACAGCUACCGGAUCUUUAACUGCUUGUAACUCAGAAUCCUGUGCUGGUAUUAACGUCUUCUGUUUGCGUAACAAUGCUGUACCUGUAUUUGGUUUUUGGUUUGGUUUGGUUUGACCCUCCCUGGUUCCCGUAGCAGCACGCAGUGGGUGAGCCUUCACCAAACACACCCUGCACUUUACGUCAGGGUGGGUUGCAGGUGUGGGUGCACCCGGGGCCUUGUGUAGAUGUGAGUGAUGUCCGAAGCAUGUGUAGUGCCACUCAUCUGUGUGUGACUGGUGUUUGCUUACUAAGUGUGCAAACCACUACCGGGUGUGACGCUCAGCUACUCAUGACUCAAUUUUCUAAUCCCAUCACAGAGAAAGUGGCCCAUGCCAAAGAAGAAAACCUUAGUAUGCACCAGAUGCUGGAUCAGACUUUACUGGAGCUAAACAACAUGUGAAACCCUCCUUAGCUGCGGCCACAUUCUCUCCCCCUCCCCCCAUGUUUAAUUUUGUCUUUAAACACAUGCUUACCGUGAAACCCCUUCAAUGCGUUUUUUUUUAUAUAUACUUUUACCACUGUCACUGAAACAUCUGCCGAGAGCCAGCUAGGGCAGGAGUUGGGGAAAGACGCGCAGAAAGGCAAGCCCGAGUCAGGGCACUUGUUAUUUAAAUGUGCCAUUUCCCAGGUUGCCACCCUUCAUAGAGUUUAGGCAUGCAGUUUGCUUAGCCAGUGUAGGAAGCCUCAUGAGAACAGAACCAUUAACAGCCAGAGUGCCAAUGGUGGGAUCAGCAGGAAGACUGAUGUUGGAGACAAUCGGGUGCGGAUUGGUGCUAAUUUAAACAAAAGGGCCUCUGGGGUCUUUUGUUCAAUAUUUUACAAUUUAGACUUCUGUCCAACACUAAUUUAUUUUGUCUUGAGUUGUACUGCGAGAGAAGAAUAUGGGGUUUUGUAUGCCCGUGUUCCUUAAAGCCAAGGGUUUGAAAGCCACGCUGGUCUUCUGAGAUUCCAAGUCCUUCCCCAGCUGACAUGCCCGUAGCCCCUUCCGACUCAGUGGGGCGAGCGCUCAACACGGAUCGCCCCCCCCUUCCCAGUUCUCCAUAUCAGGGUAGAAGAUCUAGGCACUACAUAUGUAAUUGGUAAAGAAAAGGCAUUUUCUUAAGAGUUAUAACUAUGUAAACAUUGUAUAAUGAUAUGAAAUAAAACGCACAUUUAGGACAUUUUCUAAA